UCUUACAGUGUCAGUGUGUCACACGGUUCAAGUAAAAAUGGAGUAUGUCCUACAUUUAAUUUUUCUAUUAUUUUGUGCAGAAGCAGCUGCCCAAAUUUGUGAAAUUAGCGCCUGUGAAGCGCUGGCACGUAGCCAGAUGAAUCUGAAAGAGUUUUCUGAUAGCUUGGAGGAAAACAGCACCAACAAUUAUUUGGUUAGACUGGAGAGGAGGUUAAGGUCCUUGGAACAACCAGUUUGGGAAAUUUCCAAAUCGAACGAGAGAUGGAUUAACUGUGGAAGAGGACCUUGCAAAUGCAGACCAGAGACAAAAAGUGUCAUCUGUUGGCAAAAUGAAUUGACUUCCCUACCAGCAGAACAAGUUCUGCCUCAUGAUGUCAUUGCAAUUGAUUUGGGGAUCAACAUGCUGACCACUUUGAACAAAAACGCGUUUAUAUCUUUGGCACAUCUUACAGAACUGGAUUUAUUUGACAACAAGCUAGACCACCUACCUGAAAAUGUCUUCGUUCACCUGGAAAGUCUCAAAUAUUUACGUUUACACAAAAAUCAAAUUGAAGAAGUAUCCCCGGACCUACUUUCUUUCCAAAGAAAUCUCCAAACGUUCGAUGCUUCAGAGAACUUCAUCAAAUCUCUACCAGAUGCUCUAUUCAAAGGCACUCCCAACCUUAUAUUACUACAUUUAUCAAGAAAUCGCUUGAAAAAGCUCACUGAAACGGUAUUCGCUAAGCUGGAGUUACUAGAAGAUCUAGAUUUGAGUAACAACCUCUUGGAAAUUUUACCCAAAUACGGAUUUAGUGACUUGGUAUCUUUGAGAAGACUAUUUUUGGCAGAAAAUGAAAUAGCCAUUUUACCACUUGGUGUAUUCGACAAACUCGUCAAUCUGGAACAGCUCAAUUUGAGAAAAAAUCAAAUUUCUCAUUUGCCUCCCAAUCUCUUCGACAAGCUACAGAGUCUUAAAAUUUUGCACUUAACAAAUAAUAAAAUAAGCCAGAUAUCUGUGGGAGAUUUCAAAAAGUUGACUAACAUCAUCGAACUACACCUUGGUCAAAACUUCAUAGGUGAAUUUCCAGAAAAUGCUUUUAUAGAAAACAGGAAUCUCGAAAAAUUAUUUCUGUUCUCAAAUAAUUUGGAAGAACUGAAAGAAAAAAGCUUUAACGGCCUUGUUGGAUUAACGUCGCUACUCAUCAACAACAAUAUUUUGAAAGAUAUCCACUCGAGAGUAUUUUUCUAUACACCCAGUUUACAGAAACUUCAUUUAGACAGCAACAAAUUCCAUUUCCUGCCAACAAAAUCUCUGGAUUUUCUAACUGAACUAGUAUCAAUAAAAUUGGCAAAAAAUCCUUGGCAUUGUGAUUGCAACAUCCUCUAUUUAGCAAUAUGGAUCGACGCCAACAAAAAUAAGCUUUGGGAUUCACAGCCGUCUUGCAGAGGUCCUGGUGAUCUUGGCGGAUCUUUCUUGCAAGACAUGAGAUUUGAUAAUCUUUGCGAAGGACAGUGGGCAAGCAUGCUCAAUUUGUCUCCCAGAAUACCAGUCAAAAAUAAACUGAAUGAAGAACUCGAAAUGUGGAGAAAUUUGACAAAAGAUUAAGUGGAAUAUAAUAAACGAGUCUUUAAUAAAAUGAUAUCGCUUUUGUU